ACUUAACCUUACUUUUUGGGUUUUUGUCUUAAUGUUUAUUCCUCGAAUGUAAUUUAAAUUUCUAAAGAAUUAUGGAUGCUUUUGAAAUAGGUUCUUGUUUCAAGAGUUAUAACGAGCUCAUGCAAAAAUUAAGCGAAUACUGCGAGGUUACGAACACCAAAUUUACCACUAAAGACUCCAGACUGAUAACUAACGAAUUCGCUACAGCAAAGGAAAGCUUCGUUUAUUCCGAAUUGAAGCUGAUUUGCGUUUUCGGGCGUUCGCACAAAAUCAAAGAGCACAAUAGGAAGAGGAAAAUGAGAACAAUCAAAAUUCCUAAAACGGAGUGUCCAGCUUAUUUUAGAAUAAAACUAAUCAACUCGGGGGUAGCUCUACAAAUUGUUGCCAUGAAUACCAAACACAAUCAUCCCUUAGAAAAGAUCGAGGAUCCAGAUUAUUCGAGAUUGAAGAGAAAGAAAGACGGUAGGACUGGCAUAAAGAAAGAAAUCAAAAGCGAAGAUGAGGACGAUGUCUCAUCUGAUGAUAUGGAAGCAUCCGAAUUUAUAGAAGUUUACAUAGAUCCCGAUGAACCGGAACCGAAAGUAAAAUUCACGUAUCGAGGCCUCUGCGUACCAGUAUUUACUCCAUUUAGAGAAGACUUAUCACUAAAAGAAGAACUAAUCGCAAACUACGCACAAUACCUCUUCGAUAAUGGAAUUAAAGGAAUUCUAGUUAACAGCGCUGUGGGAGAAGGCAUGUCGAUGUCUGUACCAGAAAGGAAAUUAGUAUUAGAAGAAUGGAUAAACGUAGCUAAACCGUUGAAAAUGCAUGUAAUGGUGCAAGUGGGAGCGUGUCCUUUACCAGACGUAUUAGAUUUAGCGAAGCAUGCGGAGAGUAUAGGAGUGGAUUCAUUGUUGUGUAUACCAGAACUUUAUUUUAAACCCGCUACAGAGGAAGAUUUGUUUGAUUAUUUAAAGAUUGUCGGAGAGGCUGCCCCGAAGACGCCGCUGUUGUACAGCCACAAUCCUGGAAUGAGCGGAGUGAAUUUAAAUAUGGCUCGAUUUUUGAGUCAUUUAGCAAGUGAUAUUCCAACGUUUUGUGGGUUAGAAUAUACGUCUGAUGUAGAUGAUGGAGUGGCUGUUUUAGAAGCUAGCAAUGAAAAAUAUGCGGUUUUUUUCGGAGACGAUUCGCUAGUGAAUGUGGCUAUUUCUGUAGGAUUCGAGUCAACUUUGUUAGUAACAGCCAAUAUUUACCCACAGCAAGUGACUACUUUGAUAAAAGUAGCAAAAGAAUCGAAAACUGCGGAAGCGAAGAAGUUACAGAAACAAUUAAACGCUAAUUUUACUACUAUAACCAAUUUUGGAUACUGGAUACCCUCUGUGAAGACAGCAAUGAAUCUGAUUUCUCCAAUUCAUUUCGGAAUUUGCAGACCACCGCUAAAAAAUCUUUCUGCAGAUGACAUAAAAUCGAUCAAAGUCGACCUGAAAUUAUGAGAAAGGAAGAAUGUUUUGUUUGGAGAAACUUGUACUAAGACUGGCGAAUUAUCUUACUUCGCUUUUAGUAAGAGUUUUCAUUGUAUAGGCUAAAAAUAAAAUUUUGUUACAAUGUUUAUUUGGAUAAAAUCAAAUUUCAGGUAAAUUAAAAUUCCACUCUAAAACGUACAAAUGAAUAAGAGAAAAUAAUAAGAUGGACGAUGAAAUUUCAAGUAAGACUUAAACUCGACAAUAUUCAUAAAUAAAAGAUUUUUAUUUGAUUCAAUUUAUAACUAUAAUCGUCUUAUAAUGCACUAUAAUGUAAUCGUAGAACUCAAGAAUUAUUACAUGAAAAAAGUAGAUCGAACGAACAUUUUUUUUUCAAUAAUUUCAUCAGCAGUCUAGAAAUUAUCAACAAGUACGACUUGUAAUAACUAGUAUUUUGCAAUAUCAAUAUAUUUUACAGAGUAUUUUUAAUUUUCUUAUUAUUUUUCUUCUCGUACAGAACUACUUGACUAGAAAUUCAUCAAGUACCAGUUUAAAAAAAUAACAGUACUUGUGACUAGAAUAUUUUACUCUUUAUUCAGCAUAGCAAAAUAUUUCGACAAAAGAAAUCAACAAAAAACAACACGAUGAAACUAAAUGUUGCGUGUAUAAUUUGCAUGAUAAACAAUCACUAAAUUUAAGCCGUUGAACGGCUUGAAAUAGCAUUAAUUUAAUAUGAUCGGUGAUAAUAAAAAAAUGUCGAAUGUAUAAGGUUAAAAAUGAUUCGAUUCAUCGUGCAUAAUUUGUUGAAAUCGCUAACAAUUCGUCGAAUCAACAAUAAUUUAAAAAAAAGGACAGUUAAAAAAACAAGUUACAAUUAAAAAAAAUGAUGCACCACCGCUCAUAAAUAGCGCGACUAAAUUUUCAGAGAAAAAUCACAUUUCACAAUAUUACCACAGUGUCUUCGACGCCCAAGACACUUUCUAGUAAUCUUAAAUAUCUUCGAAAUUUGUUAUUUAAUAAUAUUAUUUUACGAUAAAGCUAGUGCGCGAAAACUGUUCUAUCUCGCCUUACAUUUGGCGGAAAAAAUAAACUUCAAAUCCAAGCUAAGGGACAAUGUGCACGCGAUUGUAGCCUACAAACUAUCAAGCAAUUAAAAGCCCGCUUUCGAAACUCACUGACUUUUUGAUAGAUUCGAAAUUUUACAUCAUUUGAUUAGUUUUAGUAGCCUCUAUGUGAUUGAAUAUUUGGAAUAGUUUAUAGUUUAUAUACAAAAGUAGCUCGUCGCAGUCCUAAUAUAUCAUCAAAACGAAUGAGUAUCGCUGUACUAUACAGGGUGAUCCAAUAUUGCGUUUCUUUAGUUCUAAAUAUAGAAGAGCACAAAUCGGACAAGUACAAAUAGUUUUCCAGCCAAAUAACUCGCAACGAGGCGACAGAUAGAACGGUUUUGGGGCCGGGCGAGACGAAUUUCUCCCAAUUGAAAACAAGCCGGGAAAACUCUCAAUAUCCCCCGAAUCACAAUAAAUCAAUUUGAAAAUCAUAAAAGAAUCUAUGUCCGGCGCUCGGCGCUCCGCCGCCACCGGGGCGGCUAUGUGACGGGCCUGAAGCGGCGGCAGCGCACCUGCGACUCGGACGGCGGGUCGCCGUCGGGCGGCGGCGGCGGCCCCUCCGACGAUUCCGGCGAACUUUCCGGCGCGUCGAUCAGACACGUCGAGAUGCCUCUCACCCGAAGCCCUGCAACGGAAAACUCGCAUUAAAAAUAUUAGUAACGGUUACUAUAUACCGAAACGCCCAUCUCUAA